AUGGAAACUGGUUCUGAGCAGAAGAUUAGGCAACCCAUGUCUCACUUGGUACAAUAUGCUUCUGAAGAGUGCAAGGAAAAGGAAAUCUGCUACAAUAAGCAACAGAGUGAUGCUGUGACUCUAAAAGCUAUGGGUAUGGAGAUGAUAAGCAAUUGUCCAUUUGGAAAUCACAUUGGCUUAUCUGCUCAAGAAAUCUCAUGGUCUAAAAAUAAAAAUAUUCAAUCUUUGAAAAGUAUUUCCUUCACUAAUUCCAACUUCAUGAACAUAAGAAACCACAAAGUAGAGAGAACUAAUAAGCAUGACAAUUAUGGGAAAAGGCUCAAUUAUACCUCAAACCUGGAUAUUAAUCAAAUAUUCUCCACUGAAGAUAAGCUUUACAUAUGUGAUAAGUGUGGGAAGAGUUUCAGUUGGAAGAAAAGUCUACUUAUUCAUCAGAGAGUCCACACAGGAGAAAAACCAUAUAUUUGUGAUGAGUGUGGGAAGAGUUUCAGGCAUAAAAAAAAUCUAGUUCAUCAUGGAGUCCAUACAGGAGAGAAACCAUACAUAUGUGGUGAGUGUGGGAAGAGUUUCAGUCAAAAGGCAAGUUUAUUUUUUCAUUGCAGAGUACAUAAAGGAGAGAAACCAUACAUUUGUGAUGAGUGUGGGAAGAGUUUCAGUCAGAAGAUACAUCUAAUUACUCAUCACAGAGUCCAUACUGGAGAGAAACCAUAUGUAUGUGGUGAGUGUGGGAAGGGUUUCAGUCAAAAGGCAAGUUUAUUUUUUCAUUGCAGAGUACAUAAAGGAGAGAAACCAUGCAUUUGUGAUGAGUGUGGGAAGAGUUUCAGUCAGAAGAUACAUCUAAUUACUCAUCACAGAGUCCAUACUGGAGAGAAACCAUACGUAUGUGAUGAGUGUGGGAAGAGUUUCAGUCAGAAGAUACAUCUAAUUACUCAUCACCGAAUGCAUACAGGAGAGAAACCAUACCUUUGUGAUGAGUGUGGGAAGAGUUUCAGUCAGAAGAUACAUCUAAUUACUCAUCACCGAAUGCAUACAGGAGAGAAACCAUACCUUUGUGAUGAGUGUGGGAAGAGUUUCAGUCAGAAGAGAACUCUCAUCUCUCAUCACAGAGUGCAUACAAGAAAGAAACCAUAUUCAUGUGAUGAGUGUGGGAAGAGUUGCAGGCAUAAAAAAAAUCUAGUUGCUCAUCACAGAGUCAAUGCAGGAGAGAAACCGUAG